UCUCGCGAAUCACUUUACCGCCAAGAAUCCCGUUCGAGGGCUUUCCCCUCCCACUCCUCCCAAACCCUCGCAUUCCCGAGAACAAUCGAGAGAGAUCGAGAGAGGAAGUAGAAGAGAUGAUGGAAGCGCCCUCGUUCGCACUCGACGAUGGCGACGACGAUUUCGAUUGGGAUGCGGCAGUGAGGGAGAUCGACUCCGCGUGCCGAGUCGCGUCGACGUCGACCUCCGAUCGACAAGGUUUCGCCGCGCCUCCCGCAGCGUCGUCGUCGGCUCCCGAGUCUCGCCCUAAACCGGCGAAGAUCAACGGCAAGGCGCGGCAGUUGACUCUCGAGCGAUUUGUGGAUUCGUUCACUAAGCGCAAGAAGAUAGGCGAUGGCCCGUUCGGUUCUCGCAUUUGGGAAAGAGAUGCGCCUGUUGAUCAGGGGAAAGAGGGGAAUCCUGGGGCAGGGGAUGAACCGCCUGCUGUUAGAAUUGAUCUAGAAGCAGCAAAGACAUGGAUUUAUCCAGUUAAUGUACCUCUGCGAGAUUACCAACUGUCUAUUGCUAGGAGUGCGCUGUUUUCAAAUACACUUGUGGCGUUGCCAACCGGACUUGGCAAAACACUUAUUGCAGCUGUUGUGAUGUAUAACUAUUUUAGAUGGUUUCCCGAAGGUAAAAUAGUAUUUGCUGCCCCCUCACGUCCUCUUGUUAUGCAACAGAUUGAGGCAUGCCACAAUAUUGUCGGAAUACCACAGGAAUGGACAAUUGAUAUGACAGGUCAGAUGAGUCCUUCUAAGAGAUCCACAUUUUGGAAGUCCAAAAGAGUUUUCUUUGUUACUCCUCAAGUAUUGGAAAAAGAUAUACAAUCUGGAAUAUGUUUAGUAAGACAACUUGUUUGUUUGGUGAUCGAUGAAGCUCAUCGUGCUUUGGGAAAUUAUUCUUACUGCGUUGCAGUUCGUGAGUUGAUGGCCAUUCCCGUACAGUUAAGGAUUUUAGCAUUGACUGCAACACCAGGAUCAAAACAGCAAACAAUCCAGAAUGUCAUUGACAACUUGUGCAUUUCAACCUUGGAAUAUCGUAAUGAAAGUGAUCAUGAUGUCAGCCCAUAUGUGCACAAUAGGCAACUUGAAGUGAUACAGGUCUCUAUGGGUGAUGAUGCGAUUGCUAUCAAUAAUCUGCUGUUGGAAGUUAUACGGCCUUAUGUGGCUCGAUUAUGUGCCAUUGGGGUACUCCAUAACAGGGACUCUGCAACAUUGAGCCCGUGUGAGUUACUGAAUUCAAGGGAUAAAUUUCGGCAAGCACCUCCAUCAAAUCUUCCUCACACAAAAUAUGGAGAAGUUGAAGGGUGUUUUGGAGUUCUUAUCACCCUUUACCACGUAAGGAAGUUACUUUCUAGCCAUGGUAUCAGGCCAGCAUAUGAAAUGCUUCAAGAAAAGUUGAAACAAGGGUCAUUUUCAAGGCUAAUGUCAAGAAAUGAAACCAUGUGGAAAGCAAAGCUUUUGAUGCAACAAAACUUGUCUGUUGGUGCUCCAAAUCCAAAACUAAUGAAAAUGACAGAAGUUCUGAUUGAUCAUUUCAGAAAAAAAGAUCCCAAGGACUCCAGGGUUAUCAUCUUUUCCAAUUUUAGGGGCAGUGUCAAAGAUAUCAUGAAUUCGUUGGCAAAUGUUGGUGGCGACCUGAUUAAAGCAACUGAGUUCAUUGGUCAAAGUUCAGGUAAAACGUUAAAAGGGCAAACACAGAAGGUGCAACAAGCUGUUUUACAGAAGUUCCGAACUGGCGGGUACAAUGUGAUUGUUGCCACAUCAAUUGGUGAGGAAGGCCUGGAUAUUAUGGAAGUUGAUCUUGUGAUUUGUUUUGAUGCCAAUGUCUCUCCUUUAAGAAUGAUCCAGCGCAUGGGAAGGACAGGAAGGAAGCACGAUGGCCGAGUUGUGGUUCUAGCUUGUGAAGGGUCCGAGCUGAAAGGAUACUUAAAAAAGCAGGCAAGCAGCAAGUCUAUUAGGAAGCAUAUGAAUAAUGGUGGACUCAAGAGCUUUGAUUUCCAUGCUAGUCCUAGAAUGAUUCCACACAUAUGCAAACCAGAGGUUCAGUUUGUUGAACUAUCAAUAGAGCAAUUCAUUCCUCGUGGAAAGAAAGUGAAAACUGAUGCAUCAGAUAAACCACCACUUCUGAAGAACAUUUCAGACACAGAGAAUAAGUUAAUUUCUAAGUACUUCCAUCAUGCAUGGAAACCAUCUCUUAUUGCUUUUCCCAGUUUCCAGACUUUCCCAUGUUGUGUACACAAUGUCCAGCACUCGUUCAGAACAACAGCUAUGUUGAUUGAUGCCAUGCAACAGCUUCAAGGGCUAUCAUUUUCUAAAACUAUGAAUGAUCCUUCUCCAGCUCGAUCACCCGAUCUCCCUGGUGAUAACAAUGUUUGGGAAAAACAGCCUCAGGAGAAAGUUGGUCAGGUUGAAGUAUUCUCUAGAGAGGUUUUGGAAUGUGAAAGUGGCCUUUGUAUGCCUGAUGCUGUGGCUCAGAAGCCUAGUGCUCAUUGUUUUUUAUUCGGUGGAGAUUUUGUGAGCGUGAGUGCCAUAGGCUGUGUUUCCGUUGCAUUUGUACCUUCCCUUCCACUAAAACUAUCUGAAAUCCCAAAGGUCGCAACAGCUGAAAGUGAUAAAGAACUUCAAAGCAACUUGAGGAAAAAGGUUACUUCUUGGAAAGCUGCUGAAGCACACAAUAAUAGGUCAACUACUGAGGUUGAACAAUCUGUAGAAGUUGAAGGCUCAUCAAAAUCAAAGAGCAUGGACAAUGAACAGAAUUUAACAUCAUAUUCACCAGAAUUUUCUGGGCAUAAUGAGCACAGUAAGUUUGUGCUUGAAACACCGGUGUGUAAAGCGAUCACACAUGUUGAGGACAGCACUGGAACACCUGGGAAAGUGGAAAUUAUGGAUCUAGCUUUGGUAGGUGGUGAAUCAAGAAAAAGUAUUGGAGAUAUGGAGCUUAGUCCUAGACUUACUCAUUAUAUAGAAGAAGGUAUUGUUCCUGAGUCUCCCAUGGUAAAAGUUAGCCAUUGUCCACUCAAAGUCAAGAGUAUUAUGAAGUCUGCCAGCCUGCCAUUGGAGAAUAACACGGAUAAACGUGGAAUGCAUCACAUCCAAGAUAGUGUACAUGACACUGAAAGAAAUGUGGAUGUGCUUGUCUCUCCUUUAGAUGGGAAAUUAGAAACUCCUUUGGCAAAUCCAAGGAACAAUAGCUCCAGUGAAGGCUGGCAGUUGAGCUCUGGAGGUGCCUCGCGAUCAGUCCAGCGAGCACCUAAGUUUAAAAGAUUGUGCAAAUAUGGAGAGAAGAUCAAACGGCUCUCUUGCAGGAAUUUGGAGGAAAAAUAUGAUAAGCGUGUACAAAAGAGCCAUCGGUCCACGGUAAAUCAACCGGAGAGUGUCAGAGGUAAAAAGAAAAGCAAAAGAUGUGGGCGUAUGUUCAUUGAAGAGGAAGCUGAGAUAUCUGAGGAUGCAGUAGUUUCAGAAGAUGAAGAAGAUGAAAAUGAGGGUGAAUAUGAGGACAGUUUCAUUGAUGAUAGUACAAAUCCUACUGAAGCAUGUACUCAUGUGGAAAAUAAUAGGAAUGACAUGAUGGCCUUUUAUAGGCGUUCUUUGCUCACCCAGUCGCCCUUAGAAACUCUUCCAAGAUGCCUGGCUGCCUCAUAUGAUUCUGUUUCCUCGAGGAAGUCAGAAAGUGAAAGCUGUUCCUCAGAAAAACAUAAUUCUUCUAUCCAUACUCAGUAUGGCCUACCCUCUACGGCACAUUCCACCGAAAGGAGGGCUCUAACCUCCACUGCCAUGAAUGAGAUUGGUGAAACAAGUAACAACCAAAAAGAUAUCUCAGCUAAACUUGAGAGCAGAAAAAGAAAGUUAAGCUUUCAGCAUGCUGCCUCGAUGCCUGUUACAAACUUCAAGCCACCCUCGGAGUGCCAAUCAGGGAAUGCUGAAGUUAAUGAUAAGUUAUUUUUUGAUGAUGAUUUCUAUUUGAGUAUUGAUCUUGAUGCAGUGGAAGCACAAGCCACUGAAUUACUAAAGGUUAAGUCUGGAGUAUCUGUUGGAGAAACACAAGCAAUGAAUCCCGAUAACUCUAUUGGAAUUAAGAGAGACUUGGGCAUGAGUUGUCCUGGUUCCCCGUCUUUUGAUUUGGGAAUCUGAGUGUCAUAUUUUGAACACCCUUUUUGAUUAUUGAUGAUCAGAGGCUAGUUCCGAUGGUAGUAGUCUGAUGUCCUUGCAAGUGGCAACACAGCUUCGGCUCAUAUGCUUGCCAUAGCAUAAUUCAGUGGGCCUGUUUGAAAAGUUGAUGUGAAAAAUGAAGGAAUUGGGCUUCCGGCGAGAUAUUCAGAUUGCGUGUAAGGGAGCUUGGAAGAUUUGGAUCUCAUGCCAAAUCCUAUCUAUGCUCCGUGCCUCAACAAUGGUGGUGCUUAUUGGUGAUAUAUAAGUUACGCGAGUCGCGGUCUAGAGACCAGAGGUAGUGGUGGAAGAUUGGAUUGGCGCGCACAUCUUUUGUACAAUGGAAAGACAAAUUACAGGAAAGAAUGUGCAGUUUGUAUACAAAGCUUGUAAAGUGUGAAUAGUAACCAGCAUAAAGAAAUCAGUGUUUAAUUUAAUCUACAUGUUGGCCUACGGGCAACAGGCUAUACUCGUCCAAAAAAUAAAAGGGCGUACAGCUGUUAAUAUUUACUCUAUUGGAAGACCCAAGAUAUAUAGUGACCAUGUACGAUGUGCUUGAAGACCAAUGGAAGUAGUAAGCAGGCAUGAAUAAUUUUCUGUGGGUGAGAUGAGUAGAAUUCUAGAAUUGGUUCAUUGACUGGUCGCAUGUUGCACGUGCCAAGUACUAACAUCACAUUUUCUGCUGGGUUUAAUAUAUUACCCUCUUCUCUGGACUCUGGAGUUGAAUUAUUAUA